AAGGUGGUGCUAUUCCACAAGCGGCAACAUUACGUCAGUUAUAUGUACCUCGCAUUUUUUUAAUACAUUUAGAAAAUCUUAAAACUCAUUUUAGUCAAAAACCUGUUGCUAUUAUCAUGGAUGAAACUACCGAUGCUUGUCAAAGAAGUGUAGUUAAUACUCUUUUUGCAUACCGUAAAAAUACAAAAUUAGUUUCUGUAGACUUUCUCACACGUGUAAAUAAUGUAACUAUGGGUCAAACUCUUAUUAAUAUUCUUCCAAAAUAUGAUAUUCCUAUUACUUCUCCUCGCCUUUUUCUUACAGAUUCAGCUGCAUAUAUGAAAAAGUGUUAUCGCGAAGUUUUACAUCCUAUAAUGCCACAAUUAAUUCAUAUUCCUUGCUGUGCACACAUUUUAAAUUUGAUUGGUGAUACUUGGCGUACAUUUAAUUAUUUUUCAGUAAUUAAAACAUUAUUAGAAAAAGUUAAAGAAACAUUCACUAGAAGUCCAGCACGUCGUCGUCGAUAUAUGGAUCACUUACGGUUUCAUGGAGUUAAUCAACCACGAAAAAUUCCUCUUCCUUGUAAAACACGAUGGAAUUCUUGGUUUGAAAUGGUUUAUUAUACUAAGGAUCAUCUUAUUUAUUGGCCUGGAUUUUUUCAAGCUGAGAAUGAACUUGGCGAAACAGAAACGUUAAAAACCAUUAUAUCUCUCCUUUCACAACAAUUUGGACUCAUUACAAUCUAUAUCAAUUUUAUUUCUAUUUUUUCUCAUCAAUUUGUUCAAACAUUGAAUUUUUUUCAACAAGAAAAACCAGUAUUUCCUUUUAUUGAAAAUCAACUACAAAGUCUUUCAGCAUAUAUAGAAAGUAACAUGGUUGCAACAAGUUUUUUUAAUUUGGAUUCAAUAAUUAUCAAUUGUCAUUUUCACCCAAAUGAGUUUUAUCCUAUUUUCCAAAAAGCAUUUGAAGUGGCUCAUGAAAA